CUGCUCUGGCUGCUUUCUUCUUGGAGAACACGAGCACCAACUCAACCAGCACAAAGAUGUCUUGCUACGAUGUGUGCCCACCAAAAACCGGCGUGGCCGUCCCCCAGCCCAUCGCUGAGAGCUGCAACGAGCUGUGCGCCCGCCAGUGCCCCGACUCCACAGCCUUCAUCCAGCCUCCGCCCGUGGUUGUCACCUUCCCCGGCCCCAUCCUCAGCUCCUUCCCCCAGCAAGCCGUGGUGGGCUCCUCCGGAGCACCCGCCUUUGGGGGCAACCUGGGGCUGGGGGGCCUCUACGGGGCCGGGGCCACGCUGGGCUCGGGGGGCCUCUGCACCCCUGCCAGACCCUAUGUUUCUCCCGCCUGCAGCCCUUGCGUCUUGCCGCGCUACAGCAAGAAGCUCUGGGACACCUGUGGGCCCUGCUAGACCCACACCCGGAGCCCUUAGAGACGCGAGGAUGCCUCUCUUGAAGCCCACACGGACAACCUGCCUGCCUCGGCCUGCUGUGCCUUUCCCCAGUGGGCGCUUUCCUGCAC